CGUGACGUCAGUCAACUCGCUCUAAGAAGUUGUGGUCAGCGGGAAGAUUCAAGUUAUGUUGUCAAAUAAUAGCGACUUGUAACGUGUGUCAAGUGAGAGUUCACUGAUAAGAGGAUUAAUUGAGCUGAGCUUGUUUACAACACACAAAGAGUUGAUUACACGGAAAACAAUAGAAAACGCGAGAUUCUUUUCGGAGACCGAGAAUAGCAUGGGAACGGCGGAUAUCGCGUUUCAUUAGGCGGGCGUUGCGAUGAAAGAGAACCGGUGGAGGACUCGGAGGGCUAGGUUUCGGGACAACGGCCAAAGUCCCAAAGCAAUUAUAGAAUUGGAUACGAUCGAGGGGAGUUCGAGAAGGUGGCCGGCCACCGCGAUCGAUCAGUUUCGUUUUAUUUUAGCUUAGCUGUCGAAGGCAUCCGGUUGAAGGCAUUCUCUCGGCGGAUCUCAUCGUCACGAUCGCAGUGAGUGUAUUGUCCCCUUUAGUAGGAAUUUCUCUGCGCGUCAAACAGUUGUUUGCUUUACGCAAUCCAUUAGUCGCAAUUGCGACACGCGAUUGUGUUGUAAAGUUUUCUCUAAAGUAUAAAAGAUUAUAUCGAAAGCGUUUAAAUGACGAAUUGAAACCCUUGACGGCUUCGCAAGACCGAUCAAGAGUAAAGAAAAGAGAUUUCCGAGCGAAAUUCACGAUGGAAGCGAUUAAAAAGAAAAUUGCGGCGUUGAAGAUGGAAAUGGACGCCGCUAAUGAAAAGGUUGAAGUGAACGAGACGAAAGCAAAACAGGAAGAUAUAAGAGCCGACAGGCUAAACGACGAUCUUAGGGAUCUGCAAAAACGACUGAUACAAUUGGAACGCGAUUAUACCGUCACCAAAGCUAAUCUGGAGCAAUCGACGGCUGAUCUAGAGCAGUGCGAAAAAUCUUGGUCCAAAGCCGAACAAGACCGUACUGUUCUGACCAAGAAAGUGCAAGAAAUCGAAGCAACUCUUACGAAAAAGGAAGAAUUACGUCUUACUGCUCAACUCAAAUUAGCACGUGCGACCGAACUCGCGGAUGACGCUCAAAGAAUGUGCAACGUUUUGACGGAAAGAAGUCGAUUGGACGAGGAACGCAUGGAAAAAUUGAUGUCGGAGCUAAAAGACGCGAGAUUAAUCGCCGAGGACGCGGAUUCGAAAUCCGACGAAAUAGCCAGAAAAUUGCAGUUUGUGGAAGAGGAGUUAGAAGCUGCCGAAGAGAGAGUAAAAACUAGCGAAGCCAAAAUUGUGGAACGUGAGGACGAACUCUUCAUUGUACAGAACAUCGUCAAAUCCCUCGAAGUGUCCGAAGAAAAAGCGAAUCAACGAGUAGAGGAUUUUAAACUGCAGCUUAAAUCUUUGAAAAAGAAAUUGAAAGAGGCAGAGAAACGCGCGAUCCAUGCAGAAAGAACGGUCAAGACGCUGUUAAAGGAAGUAGAUACGAAAGAAGACGAACUCAGAGAAGAGAAGGAAAAGUAUAAGGCGGUCUGCGACGACAUGGAUGCAACGUUUGCCGAAAUGACAGGAUAUUAAAGUCCCGCAAACGGACUGUCGAUUUGAAUUCUCGCCGCUGCUCCUAACGCUUCUUUCCGCUUAUUUGCUAUCGUCUAUACGAACUUUGUUUAUUUGAUUCACAGUGCUUAGAUGCCGCACAUUGUUGAUCGAUUUGUAUAAAGCGCUACAUUAGAAAUAACUCGCUUCACGCAACAAUCUCCUUGACGGACACGGCAUGCGUUUGCUAUUAUAAUCGCUUUGCUUUGUUUAACACAUCUUGCCAAGAUCGACCGUCAAUUAAGCGGUUUAAUGAUUGUCUGUCGCGUCGAUCAAAGAUUAAUAACGACGAUUUUGUUUAUUUUUUUUCUUUCAGAGGCGUUGGGGAAACCGUGUCGUCUGCUAAGCGCGAACAAGACCACACAAUAU